AUGCACUUCAACAGAAAUCUCGCACUUGCUACGGCAUUUGCAGUCCCCUCCUCAGCGCUUGCAACCCUCUACGAGGACCACCACACCAGUGACGCGGUCGUUCAAGGCAAGUUCAUCGUGAAGAUGAAAGAUGCUAUGAGCACUGUCGCAGCAAACGAGGUCGAGAACCUGAUGGACACUAUCGACUACGUCUACAACGUUGGCUCGUUUAAGGGCUUCGCCGGAAGUCUCGACAAUGCUGCCCUCGCCGCUGUACAGGCCCACCCAAGUGUGGACUACAUUGAGAGGGAGGUGGCAGUCCGUGCCAGCAGCUACGUAACACAACACGGAGCCCCAUGGGGCCUCGGGCGAAUCUCGCAUAAGGGUCCUGAGAACUUCACGGAUGGUACUACGUACGUCUAUGACGAUUCUGCCGGCGAAGGUGUUUGUGCAUAUGUGAUCGAUUCGGGCAUUCGUGUCGACCACGAGGAAUUCGAAGGCCGAGCCGAAUCUCUAGUGAAUUUUGCAGGUGGCGACGACGAGGACACUACUGGACACGGGACUCACGUUGCUGGUACAAUCGGCGGAGCAACCUAUGGUGUGGCCAAGAAAGUCAAUUUAUACUCUGUCAAGGUCCUCGGAGACGCGACUACACUGGAAAACGACAUCAUGACUUCCAGCGCCGUUGCGGUCAACGAUGUGGCCAAGUCUCUCCUCAACAUGGGAGUCUUUAUCGCUGUUGCUACUGGCAAUGAAGGCCAAGACGCGAGCUUCUGGUCUCCUGCGAAUGAGCCGGCCCUGUGCACGGUGGGAGCUACAGACAAGAACAAUCUCCUGGCAAAGUUUUCCAACCACGGCCCUAUCGUAGAUAUCUUGGCACCCGGCGUCGAUAUUCUUUCUGCUUCGAUUGCCAACACAACUGCUUCGAUUUCCUUUAACGGCACUUCUAUGUCUGCACCUCAUGUUGCUGGUCUUGCCGCAUGCCUGCUUGCCUCUCAGCACCUGGACCCGAAGACCCUGUGCGAAUACAUGGCGAAGACAGCAAAUCCAUUGAUCACCGUUCUUCAGAACAACACCGUCAAUCUCGUGGCUUUCAACGGCAACCCAGAGGGAUAA